ACCAACCAACCAACCACACACUCACACUCCCCCUUUGGUCACACACUCACUCACCCUCCCAGCCCCCGCGGUACCUCGACUAACCACCACGUAAAUUUCGAACUAAAAAACAGUUAAUUUUUUUGAUUGUGCGAAAAAGUGCUUCCGAAAUACAGAAAGAGACAGAAAGAGAACGAGAACGAGAGAGAGAGUGUGCAAAGAACUAACGGUUAACUUACGUUGAGAGAAAGAAAUCAAUGCAAAAAUGUGCCAUAAUUCGGGCAUUGAAAAAGGCGAGCAGCAGAUUGAACGGUACAUGGCCUUCGGGCUGCCCUCGCGCGCCGUCAAGAGCGUGAAAUACACGAUGCGCAAGCGAGAGAAGCAGCAGCAGAAGAAGGAGCAGCAGCAGCUGCGACAGAAGCACCAUCAGCAGGAGCAAUACCUGGAAGAGCUGGAGCUGAGCAGCAGCAGCAGCAGCGGCAGCGGCAGCAAUAAUUACAGCGACAGCGAAGAUAGCGGCACCGAUAGCACCUCCAUGCAGCUGGUCUCAGCAGAGGCAGCGCAAAUGGUUGAUACAGAGCCGGAGGCCACAGAUCCAGAAACAGCAGAAACAGUUACAAGCAGCGCUGCAGCAGUGGCUGUGACAGCGGCAGAGAACCUGACAUUAACAGAGACCCACAGCCCAAAGGACAGCAGCAUGGAAAACAGCAGCAGCAACAACAACAGUGAGAUCUUCAAAAUUCCAAAAAUGUGCGGACGAUUCCGCAAACUGCAGCAGCAGCAGCAGCAGCCACAGCAACAGGUGGAGGACAUUUCUCAGCUGAAAGCAGAGCAGCAACGAAAGCUCAGCUCGAUGGAACCCUCCAUGGAUGAUGCCCUCGCCAUUGGCACCCAAAUGACCCGCAAGGUAUCGGAUAGGAUCGCCUGUCUGGUUGCCCAGCUGCAGGAGAGUCGCCUCUACACAAUACUGACACGUACCACACAGCCAGCACACUUGAUAGCCGUCUGCAUCUUGGCCUUUGUGCUGAUGACUGUCGGUCGCGACCUGAUCGAGGGUAGCCCCGCAACGACACCAACAACAACAACAACAACGACGAGAACUCUGAGCAGCAGCAGCAGCCCAGCCAGAGGCGGAGAAGGUGGCGGAGGUGGGACCCUGCCGAACCUCGUCUAUCUGGGGGCAUUCGCCACUCACUUUGGUUCGCAGAUCUGGAUGACAUUCGUCUCGGGACUCUCGCUGUACUUCUCCCUGCCGCGCCACAUCUUCGGGCAGUGCCAGCAGAUACUGUUCCCCCGGUACUUUGCCUUCAACGCCAUGCUCAGCCUCACGAUGCUGGUGACCUAUGCAAAGUACUUCCUCAGCGGCUGGACGACCGCGUCGGGCAUCCAGGUCGGAUCGCUGGCUCUGGCGGCGGGCAUUGAGGUGGUGGUGCGACUGUAUCUGGUGCCGCCGAUGCUCAAGCUGAUGCACGAGAAGUACAAGAUCGAGGGCGCCAUCGGUAGUGGCCAGGAGGUGGGCAGCCUUGUCCAGGGCGACCUGAUCGACUGUCCGCACUACCAGCGCAUCCACAAGGGCUUCCGUCGCAUCCACAUGACCAUUGCCAUUGGCAACAUGACCGUCAUGCUGUCCACGUGUCUGCAAUUGUAUUUUCUGGCAUCGAAAAUACAUCUUAGCUAGGGCACAGCACAGCGCCCACUCUGAAUAGAGAGAGAGUCUGGCGAGAGGAAGGAGCGAGCGUUCAGCGCCGGAAUAUCAUCUGUUCUGGCGGCAUCCAAGAAUUUAUAAAUUAAUCUUAGAGUCUAAAAUUUCAUACAAAUCACAAAGCGCACGACCACAACACGCCACGCCACGCCACGUCACGCCACGCUACGCACUCUCUCGAUUGUAUUUAAAUAAUGUUCAACGAUAAAUUAAAUUCCAUAUUCAAAAAUCA